AUGGGGAACAAAGUGAUUUCCAAACCACAGCUACAGUAUACUCAAACGAUUGAUAGAGUAGUCGAUCCGAGCUCUGGGCAAGCUGUGAUGGGUCGUUUCGAGCUGUAUCCACUUUGGAAAAGCUACGUAAAAGGUGAUCAACCAUUCAACAAAGAUGUGGCACAAGCACUCCUGACAAAACAUCGAGAAAAACGUCUACGCAGUGAUCGAGCAUUGCAACCAGUUCGACGGAAGUGUGCCGCAUUUUUCCUGGUCGACCGGGUGCAUUUUCGUGGUUAUCAUUUUGAUCACUGGUUAUCCUACCGUCAGAUUCUGGAAGUGCAUCGUUGUUUUCCGUUGGCAAGUGUCUUCCUCCUGUUUGUGAUCGAUAGUAAGACAUACAGACGAUCGUACGAAAGUUAUGAAUGUGUUUAUGCAGAAGAUGCUAAAAGAAUUGAGGAGAUCUACCGUCAGGUUUUGAAUGAUCCUCAACGUAUGGUUGAGACCGAGGUGCCACCCGAAAAAUUGGGGACCAGUAUCAAUUUAAUCCGACCUCACUGGACGUAUCGAGAUGAGACAGGAUAUAAUGAUUAUAUCCGGGCAGCCGUGAAUGCGGAUGAUGCUUACUCCUGGGAAUCUGUCAAUAGUGACUACGAUGAACACAGUCAAUCCCUGGCUGAAUCGGAUCACGUCUAUGCAAAAGCUAGAGAGGAGCGUCAUUCUGGUUUCGUUUCCGUUGCAUCAACAGCCCGAGAGUCACGUAUCAUUUACAUGUCACAGGAAGAAAUGGAAAACCUUCCUGUGGCUCGCAGGUUAACACAUAUUCCGUGA